AUGCGCAAGGCCGCACCCGGCCUGGAGGCGAGGGCGCCACCUAGGGGCGCGCGCCGGGAGAGGCCGCCUGGCCUGGACCAGAGGUGUGCCAGGGCGGCCCGCGGCCAGGCUCGUCCAUCACCCGAGCGUGGCCCGGCUGAGGCCUGGGCGCUGGCCGCCCCAGCUCCGCGCUUCCUCAGCUCCGGGCUGCGGGCCGUCCUGCGCCUCCCUGGCCCUGGCUUCCCCCGUGGCCGGUGGGGCCUGGCGCCCCCUGCUAAGCCAGGGCGAGGGUGGACUGCGCCGGUCCAGGGUGCCUUAGACGAGGACACGUCCACUGGUCGCGGACCAGCCUCCUCCCUGGGCCUCUGGUGGCGGGUGGGUGCCCCUGGGCCAUGGGCGGUCCAAGCCCCCAGGCCGGCCUGCUGUCUGCCCAUCAUCCGACGCCACUGUCCAGCCCCCGCGGGCCAGCCCGGCUCCUCCAUGGCCGGUCUCGAGCUGGCCCAUGGCCGCGGGGGGCCAGCGGAGGAAAAGGGGGCCGAAGAAGCGGCCUGGCGUCAGCCGCCCCCUCCAUUUGUCUUGGAGGCUGACACGGAGAAGCCCCACAGGGCCGAGUGCGCCCUCACAGUUUCACCACAAGUAUCCUGGCCGGGUGUCUGGCGCCGAGCUGAUAGUGCAGCCCGCCGCAGGCCCGCCGGAAGCGCUGCCAGCGGUUGGGGCCGCGGCCUGGGCAGGAAAGGCCCCCGCGGCCGCCCUGCACCGGCUGCUGCCGGGACGGUGGGGCCUGAACCUGGGCACCCACCGGUCACCUGCCUGGGUGGCCAGGGAGGCAGCUCGGAGGGCAGACGGAGCCUGCAGACCAGCCCAGGCCUGAGCCGGCGCUAA